AUGGACGCCGCAGCACUUCUCUGCAACAUAUGUCCAAAGCGUCCCAAAUUUAGCGAUGUAUCUCACCUGCUAACCCACGUCGCCUCGAAGGCCCAUCUCUCUCAUUACUUCAAGCUUCAAGUCCGCAGCCACCAGGAGCCGCAAGCUGAGGUUUUGCUCGAUGACUACAACGAGUGGUACAAGGCCAAUAAUCUGGCAAAACUCUUGUCGGAUCGCAUGUCUUCAAAGGACUCGCGCAGAAAGAAGUCCCUGGGAAAGAAUCCCGUGCCAGACAGGGUCCCGCACCAAGAGGGGGACGAGGGUCAAGACGUUACGCCUCUGCAGGCCUACAAUCCGCGCAACAGUCUUCCUGCCUACAUUGACCCGCGCCUUUCCGAUCCAUUCGUCAACUCGGACAUUGCUACAGGGCGUGGUCGAGUUCCCAUGCUUUCACCGCACGAUCAAGUGACGAACGCUAUACCCAGUCAAUGGAAGCAGGACGAUGGGGAUGACACGGGAAACGAAGAGCCGUCCACACCACACGCUACGCCGUGCUGGAGCAGGACUUUCCGGACCCAAAAAGAUCGAAGAACCCAGUCCACCAGCGGACCAUUCAUCUAUGAUCCCUUUGUCGACGACAAUGACAGCUUCGAGUGCUCGAAUCCCGGCGAGAUGGACAAGGACAGGGCGGAUGAGAUUGCAAGAUUGAAGGGAGUCUUGUGGCCAGGAAUGGACAUCUUUGACUCCGCUACUGAGCAAAUGAAACGGAAGCGCAACCAGAAGAAGGACGAGAGUAUCUUGAAAAAGAUGGAAAGAACGUCAAUGGGCGUGGAGCCAACCGAAUUGGUCUUCUCUCCGACUGGGAUCCUGCGAAAGCAGCGUGUGAUCUCAGGCAAUGUCGAAGACAGCAGUCCCCUAAAGGGGGAGACACCGAUUCCAAAGAAGCGUGCCACUCGCCCCAAACGGGUACUUGUUCAGAUGGACCCAAACGCCCAACGUGCAGGGGAGGGGAAAAGGGGGAAGAAGAGCAUCAAGCGGGAUGCAGAUUCCCUCGGCGGCAACGCUCACCAGCAUGAUAUGUUCCCUCGACCAGCUACUGUUCCAGGGUUCGGUCAGCACGGCGGGCAAUUUCCCGUUAGUGAUGAUAUGGAAGAAAUUGCACUAGCCCUUCGUGACCAUGACUUCAAACCGCAUAACAAGUUCGCUGUGUUUCGUGACAUUCCAGCCUUGCGGGAGCCUAAACUGGAGGGCCAGCACACAUAUUUUCACGGGGACCCAGUUGCCUCUCAGUCGGUUUUCUUGCGGCGAGAAAUUGCAAUUCACGACAAUCCGAAUUCUCCACGCUCUGCCGGCCACGCUUCAACUCUCCUCGAGAGAGCUUCCCACCCCACAGCGAAAAAGGAAAACGUGGAGCCACUUCUGAACGUCUAUGGCCGUCUCGACCCUCUGGUGGGUUGGCAUUCUCCCGCAAUGAAGAGAGCCGAUAGAGGCCUAUCGCCACAUUACCUCUUCGGAGAGGCACAGUACGUUGGAUACAGUCCGUUCAAAUGUCAUGGAAGCCCAACAGUGUACUCAUUUAACCCACUGGCCGGCUCCCUCGCGAAGCUGGCGGCGGAUGAGAACCCAAUAUACGCGGGUGAGCCUGGAUAUGCAAUGAAAGCCCCAUCUGAGGCACGAGUCGGCUCUCCCGACGCUACAAUCUCCGAGGUUGAGGAUGACGAUUUCGACCAUCUGUAUUUGGACGGAAACUCCUGCUAA